AUGCUACGCAAAACCCUUUUUGGAUUCAGGGCCAUUCGCAUCAACCCCCGUGUGGUGGCGGCAGAGUAUGCGGUGCGUGGGAUGCUCCCCAUGCGUGCGGACGAGAUCAGGGCGGCCCUGGCGACACCGGAGGGGAAGGCCAAGUACCCCUUCUCCAGCAUUGUGUACUGCAACAUUGGGAACCCGCAGGCACUGGAACAGAAGCCGCUGACGUUCUUCCGGCAGGUGAUGUCGCUGAUUGACGCGCCGUUCCUGCUGGAGAACGAGAAGGUUACGUCGCAGUUCCCGGCGGAUGCGGUGGCGCGUGCGAGGGAGUAUCUUCGCCACAUCGGCGAUCGCACGGGCGCCUACACGGACUCUGCGGGCUACGCCUUUGCCCGUGACAUCGUGGCGCGGCAAAUCAAUGAACGCGACCACGAGAUAAAGCCGCUGGUGGACGCAUCCUCUAUUUUUCUGACGGACGGCGCGAGCUCGGGCGUGCGUCUUUUGCUGCAGGUUCUCGUGGGUGACGCGAGUGAUGCGGUGAUGGUUCCCAUUCCGCAGUACCCGCUGUACACGGCGCAGCUUACUCUUCUUGGCGGCACGCCCGCGAUGUACUACCUGUGUGAGAAGGAUAACUGGGCACUGAACGUGGAGGAGCUGGCGUCGGUGUACGACGAGUGCGUGGCGAAGAAUAAUGCGACCCCGCGCGUGCUCGUUGUGAUCAACCCCGGGAACCCGACUGGCGGCGUGCUGGAUCGCGAAGUGAUGGAGGCCGUGGCGAAAUUCUGCUGCGACCGCGGCAUUGUGCUGAUGGCGGACGAGGUGUACCAGGAGAACGUGUACGCGGCGGGAAAGCGUUUCUUGAGCUUCCGGGAAGUGGUGCUUGGGCUGCCGGCGCCGUACAACACGGACACGGUGCUGGCCUCGCUGCACUCGACGUCGAAGGGCAUCAUUGGUGAGUGCGGGCGCCGCGGCGGGUACUUCUGCCUCACAAACUUCCCCGCGCCGGUGCGGGAGCAGGUGGUAAAGAUGUGCUCCAUGGUUCCGUGCAGCAGCGUGAAUGGGCAGUUGAUGACGGCACUGAUGUGCUCGCCACCGCGGCCCGGUGACGCGAGCUAUGAGUCAUACUGGGCGGAGUACAAUGGGAUCUUUGCGAGUCUAAAGAAGCGCGCCCUGCUGCUUGCGAAGGAGCUGGGCACGAUUCGCGGUUUUUCUUGCCAGCCGGUGGAAGGGGCGAUGUACGCGUUUCCGACGAUUGAGCUGCCGGAGAAGUACUUUCAGCACAAUGCGGAGCUGAACGCGAAGGAGGGGCGAAAGCUUGGGCCCGACACGCGAUGGGCGUUGGAGCUUCUGGAGAGCAGCGGGGUUGUUGUUGUGCCCGGCUCUGGGUUUGGUCAGCGGCCCAACACGCUGCACUUCCGCACGACGAUCCUGCCGCCGGAGCAGCAGAUGGAACGGAUGGUGAAGGCGAUGCGCACAUUCCAGGAGGGCAUUUGGGCAAAGUACGGGUAA